UUUCUAAGGCAAUAUGGUGACUUCUUUGAGCGAUUUCCUAGUUCAAAGCAGGCGUUGCAUGGAGCUCCAUUUAAGCUGUGCAGGUGGGAGUCAGAUGCCAGAGAAAACGCGACGUUUACAUGUUGUUUUGGGAAACGAGGCCUGCGAUCUUGAUUCUGCAGUUUCUUCCAUUGCACUUGCCUAUUUGUAUCAUUAUGCCUAUUUGAAUGCGUUGGAUGAAUUCGAGUUCGAGGUGGAUGUGGUUCCACUACUUAAUAUCAACAGAGAAGACCUUGAGUUGCGGAAGGAUUUGGUUCUCCUUUUUCAAAAGGUUGGAAUCGACUUUCGCUAUUUGACCUUUCUUGAUGACAGAAUUGCGUGCGAUGGAUCGGAUCACGGUGGUUGCUCGGUCAAGGUUGAAAGCAAAGCAGUCCCUUCUCGCUACGCUGACGGACCACAACACCCUUUCUCGUGGGUUUGAGUGGCUCGAAUCCUCUGUCGUUGGAAUUGUCGACCAUCACGAUCGGCAGUGCGGUAAAUUCGCUUAUUUUCAGGAGUUUUGUCAAGAGAA